AUGGACACGGGAACCGCGGCAAGGACAACAACGACGGCGACGACAGCAACAACGACAGCCACAACGGGGACGGCGACGACCACAGCGACAGCGACGACGGCGACUUCUGUUGGCGUGAUGGACAGCGAGCUACGAACGUGGGACUUGUACAAACUGUCCGGGGUCGUGAACCCGGACACACUGGAAGCGAUGAAGGCCUUGUUUCGUCGAUUCCCUGGACUGCGACAGAAGGGCAUCGAGGGUGUCGAGUUCGGCGCACUUCAGUAG